AUGUAUCAGAACUCCUGCUGUCUUAUUCAACCAUCGUCAGAAGUUGCAUCCGAAGAAUUCAGUAAAAGGAUCUUCUCUAGUGGGCUACGUCGAUCAGAGGAGAACCAUGAAACUGAAAGACGUUUUGUUGCUGCAGAAGCUGAUCUUGACAAUAUUGAAUGGAUCGAUGCAUAUCCGACUGCGCAUCGUAUCGCUUAUGAAAACCGUAGAGAUAUGGAACGUUGGCUAACUAAAAUAUCCCUGGUCAAACUACUAGAAGAAUUGAACCACGGCUAUAUUGAUAAGAUCGAAUUUAGUUCAAAUGAAAAUCGUGCCACUAUCAAAAGUUACGUGGAGAAGGCUAUUACUGAACAGACUGCACUUCCAUUGGUAACACCUGAUACAGAAGCGACACCGUUUUUUUCUCAUAUAAAUCGUGAUUUAGCCCGACUUGGCUCGGAUUUUCGAUUUGAAACUGCAUCUGCAAUAUUGCAGUCGGGCUAUCGAGAUGAUCAGCUCCCAAAAGGCAUGGGAGCACAUUUAUUCGCUACCAUUCUCAUUUAUCAUCCGAAUCUUCAACCGUAUCAUCAUAGCGGUAAGACUUUUCGCGGAAUGAAUAUUAAAUUUGACGACCUCCAGUACGAUGCUAUGGAAAAGAUUUUUAUGACUCGAUCAUUUCUAUCUACUACGAAAGAUCGACCUGUGGCUGAAAUGUUUUUAGACAUAGCUCAUAGAGGUUCGACUUCCUGUCAUAUGUAUUUAUAAAACUCUCAAUCCACGCUCGAGUCUUUAUAUAGCUCGAAUAAGCAGAUUCCUACUGGAAGAAGAUGGGUGUGGAUGUGUGGGUGUGGGUGUGGGCGGGGUGUGGGUGUGGGUGUGAGUGUGGGCGGGGUGUGGGUGUGGAUGUGUGGGUGUGGGUGUGGGCGGGGUGUGGG